CCAAUUUCUACGUUUCCACAGAGCGUUGUGUUGUGUCUUAUCUGACACAAAGAACAAGAACAAGUUCGGUUGAGUUGAUGCCAGUGUUAGUGUGUGGGGUCUGUGAGUGGUUCCGGUGCGCCGCCGAGAGAUGUUGCCGGCGGCUGACUUGAUAAGAAUAUCCCGGUACCGGAGAAGGGAAGAAAAGAUCUGAUUGAGUUGAAACACGAAAAAAUGGAAACUCAGAGGAGCCAGGCGAAGCUAACCAGAACCCAUUCCUCGCUCCUUCGUUCUUCCCCAACAAUCCGAUCAUCCAUUCAGAGCCUCUCUUCAAUCAACGAAGAGGAACUCGUGGCGGCGCAGCACCAGCAAAGCGACGACGACGACGACAAGAACAAGAAACCUUAUAGGUCAUCCUUUUCUUACACCCCCAUACGAACCGGGUCGACCCGAAUAACAACCCCGGUUGUUCUCGCGGUUGCCUCGCUCGGUUUCUUCGGCGCGUGUUCCCUCUUCCUCUACCUCUUCUACUUCUUCUACCUCGGGAACGACGACGUACCCACCUCCGAGAACCUGUUGCUGGCGUUGAUCUUCAUCGCCGUCGCGCUCUACUUCGCGUCCAAGAACAAGGGCCUCAUCCACCGCGCCCUUUCGCUCGUGAAGCAUUCCUGGGACGAGAAUGUGAAACGGGUCGGGUUUUGCAAGGCUCCGUCGAAACCGGUUCAGUGGUUCAUAGGGGAUUCCGGUGGGGCGACGACGACGACGACGGUUACAGCGAAGGAGAAGAAGAAGAAGAUUAUAAGGGAAGGCGUGGAGUUUUACAGUAAUGGGGACUUUUACGAAGGGGAGUUUCACAAAGGGAGGAGUAAUGGGAGUGGGGUUUACAAUUACUUUGUGAAUGGGAGAUAUGAGGGUGAUUGGGUUGAUGGAAAGUAUGAUGGGUAUGGAAUUGAAAGCUGGACGAGAGGGAGUCGCUAUAGGGGACAGUAUAGACAGGGAUUGAGGCAUGGUUAUGGGGUUUAUAGGUUCUAUACAGGGGAUUCUUAUGCAGGGGAGUGGUGUAACGGUCAGAGCCAUGGCAUGGGAUUGCAAACUUGCUCCGAUGCUAGCUGUUAUAUUGGUCAGUUUAAGUAUGGUGUCAAGCAUGGAAUUGGAUGUUACCAUUUUAGAAAUGGAGAUAGAUAUGCUGGAGAGUAUUUUGGGGACAAAAUACAUGGAUUUGGGGUCUAUCACUUUGCCAAUGGUCACUGUUACGAGGGAGCAUGGCAUGAGGGCCGUAGGCAAGGAAUAGGCACUUACACUUUUCGAAAUGGUGACAGAAGAUGUGGUGAAUGGGAUGCUGGCAACCUCAAGCACCCUCUACCACCACUAACCGAUGUUGUCCUUCGAGCAGUUCAGGCUGCAAGGAAAACAGCAGAGAAUGCUAUAAACCUUAGGCGCAUGGAUGACCAUGUUAAUAAUGCAGUAAUCGCUGCAAACAAGGCUGCCACUGCUGCUAGAGUUGCUGCUGUGAAAGCUGUUCAGAACAGGAUGGAUGGAAAAUUUUGUGAUACUGAUGUCUAAGAAUUAGAUGUUACCUUUUGUUUGGAAUUGUAAAUUUUUACUAAUUUUGAGUACUUGGAAGAUGUCACCCCGACGAGCAAAAGCUUAUCGGUGGUUGAAAGAGAGUCUCUAGUUUUGAUGUUUGUUUCACCUCACUGUAACUUGUAUAUAAACCUUGUAUAUCAAUGA